CCCCUCCCCGCGCCUCGAAUGUUCGUCGCCAGUCGGCUCUCUGUCCGGGCCCAGCAUGCUGCUUCCCGGCCGGCCUCCAUCGUCACCCGGUCCGUGGCCUCGGCCGCACUGGCCUUCGCCCGGCACGGUCAGCCGACCGAGGUGCUCAAGUUUCACAACUUCCACGUCAACUGGGAGGACCAGCCGGUAGGCCCGCGCGGGGCCCGGCUGCGCCUGGUCGGGGCUCCCAUCCACCCGGCCGACAUCAACACCAUCGAAGGGGUGUAUCCCAUCCGGCCGGGCGCCCUGCCGGCCAUCGGCGGCAAUGAGGGCGUCUUCGAGGUGGUGGAGCUUGGGGCCGAAGUCCAAGCCGGGGAGCUGCUGUAUGACGCGCCGCGGCCGCGGCUGGGAUCGCGCGUGGACCCGGGGGCCGAUGUGCGCGGGGCCGAGCUCCACCGGGCCCUGCUGCAGGCGGAUGACGGGGCCGUGGGCGGCGGCGGCCCGGGCGGCCUGGACGCGGUGAUGGCCGCGGCCGCGGCCGCCAGCGACCGACUCCUCCUGCCGGACCAGGGCGCCGAUGCCGAGGCCGGCGGCCCGGGGGGCGCGGCGGCUCCCCGGUCACCGGUCGGCCUGGCGGUCGGCGACUGGGUGGUCCUCCCGCAGGCCGGGGCCGGGACCUGGCGGUCGGUCCUGGCGGUGGAUGACUGCCGGGACUUGCUGCUGGUCCAGCGCACCGGGUGCUACCUGAAUGGCGAAAGCAACUUGACCCCGGCCGAGGCGGCCACCAUGUCCAUCAACCCGCUGACGGCGUAUCGGCUGUUGGCGGACUUCCUGCCCGGGGGCGGGGUCCAGCCGGGCAUGGUCAUCUUGCAGAAUGCCGCCAACAGUGCCGUCGGCCUGGCGGUCAUCCAGCUGGCCCAGGCGCUGGGGCAUCACACGGUGAAUGUGAUCCGCGCCCGGGGCACGGCCGAUGAGACGGAGGCGCUGCGCCGGCGGCUCCUGCGCUUCGGAGCCACGGUGGUCUUGACGGAGGAGGAGCUGAAGGCGCGCGGGCGUGGGGCCCGGGGCUCGGGCGGAGCCGGUGGCGCUGGUGCUGGCCCGGCCGCCGACCCGGAGGCGGCACUGGCCGCCGCGCUGAAUGACCGGCCGGUGGUCACGCACCCGUCCAGUGGCCGCCUCCUGCGCGGGGUGGCCGAGACCCUGGGCCGUCCGGCGUCGGCCGAGCAGGUGGAGGCCCUCCGAGCCGGCGAGGGUGCCAUCGAAGCGCAUGUGGCCUUCAAUGCCGUGUGCGGGGUCCAUGGGUCGGAGCUUUCGCGGCACCUGCGCCCCGGCGCGUCGGUGGUCACGUACGGGGGCUUGGCCCGAGCGCCGCUGUCGGUCGGGGCCGGCCCCUUCAUCUUCAAUGACAUCGCGGCGCGGGGCUUCUGGCUGACGCGCUGGGCCGCCAAUGCCGACUUGGCCACCCGGCAGCGGGCCCUCGACUCGAUUGCGCUGGCCGUGCGCCGGCGCAUUGUCGUCCUCCCGACGCAGGCUUUCCCCUUCGACGAGGAGGGCACUGGCCGGGCGCUGCGUGCGGCCACCGGGGCCAUUGGCGCCGGCCCGGCUGACGGCCAGCAGCCGGCCUUCGGCGAUGGCCGCAAGCCGGUCAUGGUCCGGCCGGAUCUGCUUCGGAUGUGCUGA